AUGACAUCCCUCGUCAUCAACGAUCAAGGCGUCGAGCUCCGCUACACUGAUAGCGGUGCUCCUCCAAAUACCAGCUCGACCCCUUACAUGACGUUGUUCAUGGUCCAUGGUAUGGGCUUUACGGGGCCCAUCUUCAAGAAAAUCCAGGCUUUGGCGCACUCCUCGAACCUUCGCGUCGUUGCCAUAAACCGACGUGGGUAUGCGGGAUCUACCCCCUUCACCCCGGAAGAAGCCGCUGCUCCUCUAACCGGCUCCGACGAAGACAAGGCGGCGUAUAUUGCGAACAGAGGGAUAGAGAUAGCAAGUUUCAUAGACAUCUUCAUCCAGAAACACAACAUACCUCCCAUCGCCGCUGGUCGCAAGGGCGGUGGUGUAGGCCUUCUUGGCUGGUCCGCUGGGAACGUGUCUACGGUUUCCGCUGUGGCUCACGUCGGCGCGUUGCCCCCGGAGGUGCAGAAACGGCUCGCUUUGUACAUGCGCGCGUUAGUUAUGCAAGAACCGCCUUCUGGAUCUCUGGGCAUCCCUCUUCCAGCAGGGACAUGGUCACCGGGUCUCUCUCCAUCCAUCCCAAAGAAAUGGCAUAAAUCAUUCUUCACUCAGUGGAUCACGUCGUACUUCGACCACGGGGACCUCUCAACGCGCGAUACGGACGUUUUGUCCUAUGUAGUGCCUUCUAUUCUACGCCGUCCGUCCAUCUACUCUAUGUCCGACGACGAUCGGCGGGAGUUUGUCGAGGAAGUAGCCGAGAGCGCAAUCAUGCUUUCUACCAUGCCGCAAGCUCUGGCCAUGUACCGCAGGGCGUGCUUCGAUCGCGCCGCGCGUGCGCAGCUUUCAGAGCUGAAUGUAUGGUUCCUGACAGGGGAUGUUACCUGCUCCUUUUCUAUCGCGGCGUUCUGGGCGAUUCAAGAUGAUGACAAUGAACGCGGAGGAGGUUUCGUUCACUACAAGAUGAUUCCAGGCGUUAAUCACUUCAUGCACUGGGAUGACCCUGAGAAGGCCGUUCAGGCCUAUCUCGAAGCAUUAGCGUAG